CCGGCGCGCGCCCGCCGCCCCCCGCCCGCACUCAGCGCCGCGCAGACUGAGACUAAUUAUGGAAGAGAAAUCCAAAAAAUGACAGAAAAGCAUUAGUUUCUUCUUCCAGGACAGUCAUGUUGGAAGGAUUGGUAGCCUGGGUCCUCAACACCUACCUGGGCAAAUAUGUCAAUAACCUGAACACAGACCAACUUUCAGUGGCACUUCUGAAGGGUGCUGUUGAAUUGGAAAACUUGCCACUAAAAAAAGAUGCCUUAAAGGAGCUGGAAUUACCAUUUGAAGUAAAGGCAGGUUUCAUUGGCAAAAUAACACUGCAGAUCCCUUUUUAUCGUCCACAUGUGGAUCCAUGGGUGAUCUCUGUCUCAAAACUGCACUUAAUUGGUGCACCAGAAAAAAGAGAAGAGUUUGAUGAGGAAAGGGAAAAGUUGCAAGAAAGGGAACACAAGAAAGCCCUUCUGCUGGCACUUGAAGAAAAAUGGAAGAAAGAACAACAACAGAAAGGGGAGUCUUACUGGUACUCAGUUACUGCAUCUGUAGUCACGAGAAUUGUAGAAAACAUUGAAUUAAAAAUCCAGGAUGUGCAUUUGAGGUUUGAGGAUGGUGUCACAAAUCCCUCGCAGCCGUUUGCAUUUGGCGUCUGCAUCAAAAACGUCUCAAUGCAAAAUGCAGUGUUUGAACCAGUGGAGAAGCGGAUGCGGAAAAAGCAGAUGGAUGUUGCUGAUUUCAGUGUUUAUUGGGAUACCAGCUGCACUUUACUGGGUGACCUGCCUCCUGCUCAGCUCCAGGAAGCAAUGGAUAGGAGUAUGGAAAGUCGUGCUCACAAUUACAUCAUGGAGCCUGUCUGCACUUCUGCUCUCCUCAAGAGAAAUUGCUCAAAGGAGCCUUUAAGGUCCCGCCAUACUCCACGGCUGGAGUGUGACAUUAAGCUGGAGACAAUACCCCUGAAGCUUUCCCAGAUGCAGUAUCAGCAGAUCAUAGGAUUUUUAAAGGAGCUGGAUAGAAAGGAACGACAGCUUAAAUACAGGAAGUGGAAACCAAAGGUCACAGUAACAGAAAACUGCCGGGAAUGGUGGAUCUUUGCCCUGAAUGCCAAUCUGUGGGAGAUCAGGGAGCAGAGGCAGCGUUGCACCUGGGCCUUUGCGCUGCACCGGGCCCGGGACGCCGUGUCCUACACUGACAUGUACUACAGCAAGCUGAAGGGAGAGCCACUGUCUGCUGCAGACCAGGCAGAAAUGCAUCGUAUUGAGGAUGAGCUGACUUAUGAGGAGUUGAAGGUUCUGUAUGAGAUAGUCCAUAAUAAAUUUCAUGACUUAGCUGAGGUGAGAACAUUUUCUGUACAGGGUAAUAUUUGGACUCCUGCAGAACCUGCCCGUGACAGCAGCUCUGGGAUGCUGCAGUACCUGCAGUCCUGGUUCCCUGGCUGGGGAGGCUGGUAUGGAUAUGCUCAGCAGACAUAUGAAGGGGAACCUUUUGAAGGGCUGCUGCCAGACCCCAAGGAGCAGUGGAAUCCAGAAGAUAUACUGGGCACGGAUGAAUUUUUUGAUCCUGCUGCAGAUGCUUCCAGCAUGAAUACCUUUACCAAGAGAGAUCAUGUUUUUGCUAAAUUAAAUCUACAGCUGCAGGGUGGCUCUUUCACUCUGUUGCAUAGGAAGAAAAAGGUACUGCAUGCUGAAGAGACUGCUUUUAUGCAGCUGGAGUUUUCAGGUGUAAAGGUGUUGGCAGAAUCCCUUCCUCGCAGAAAGUCUUCCCUUCUCAAAGUUCAGCUUGGUGGUCUUUUCCUGAGGGAUUUGGCAACGGAAGGGACCAUAUUUCCUGUUCUUGUUUUUCCAAAUCCUCAAAAAGAGGUUGGCUGCAUGUCUUCCUUUGGACUCCAAAGUUUGUCCUCAGAAAUGAAUAAUCACAACACUGACCCUGAUGCCCCAGUGUUUGAGAUGCUUUAUGAAAGAAAUCCAAUUCACAGCACUUUUGAGAGGCGCCUGGAAGUCAGUACCAGACCAUUAAAUAUUAUUUACAAUCCACAAGCCAUUAAGAAAGUAGCAGACUUCUUCUACAAGGGAAGGGUUCAUACCUCAGGUUUUGGUUAUCAGUCUGAGUUGGAGGCAAGAGUGGCUGAAGCUGCCAGAAGACAGUACAACAAGCUGAAAAUGCAGACAAAGGCUGAAAUCAGACAAACCAUCGAUCGUUUAUUGGUUGGAGAUUUCAUUGAAAACAGCAAAAGCUGGUCCGUGUGCCUUGAUAUCUCUGCCCCUCAGGUGAUCUUUCCCGAUGAUUUCAAGUUUGUGGAUCCUGUCUUAGUUGUUGUGGAUCUGGGAAGAAUAUUACUCACAAAUUCUCAAGAAGAUUCUAAGAGGAGUACAGGUGCCAUUUCUUCAGAAGUCAAUGAGCUGAGUGAUGAGGAAUAUAAAACACCUCUUGCAACUCCUCCCAAUACUCCACCACCAGAAUCCAGCACCAAUAGCGGCAUCAAAAUGUCUGAAUUUACUGGAGUAGAAAUAAGUGAAGAGCAGCUCCAGGCACACUUGAUGAGUAAAAAAAUGUAUGAGAGAUACACACUUUCUUUUAUGGACCUUCAGAUCAUGGUGGGCCGAGUGAAAGACAACUGGAAGCACGUUCAGGAUAGUGAUGUGGGUCCAACUCACGUGGUAGAAAAAUUCAAUGUUCACCUGCAGCUGGAGCACAGACUGAUCUACACAUCUGACCCAAAAUACCCAGGAGCUGUCUUGUCUGGCAACCUGCCAGACUUGAAAAUUCACAUCAAUGAAGACAAAGUGCUGGCUUUGAGGAACUGUCUGACACAGCUCAGUACAUCUGAAGCUAAGUCUUCAGAUGCCCUGCAUUUAGGGAAAGACAAGAUUUUUGCAGAGGUUGACCAGUUUGGCAGUUUGCACGAUUCUGUGAUGAAUCUGACCCAGAGUGUUGUCAUGCUGGAGCAGCACACCCGGGAAGUUCUUGUUGAAUCCCAGCUGCUUUUGGCUGAGUUCAAAGUCAACUGUAUGCAGCUGGGUGUUGAGAGUAAUGGGAGGUACAUCUCUGUGCUCAAGGUUUUUGGCACCAAUGCCCAUUUUGUGAAAAGGCCUUAUGAUGCAGAGGUGUCCCUGACUGUCCAUGGCCUGUUACUGGUUGAUACUAUGCAAACAUAUGGAACAGAUUUUGAUCUUUUGAUGGCUUCUCAUAAGAACUUGAGCUUUUGUGUACCAACAGGAAGCCUUCGAGACAGCAGGGCUCAGUCCCCAGUGUCUGGAGCACAAGAUGCACAUCCCAUUGAUGUUGCUGGUUUGGCAGAGAGGUGCAGUACAUCCUCCACCACCUCACCCAGUAACGAUGGAAAAGAUCAAGAGUCCUUGAUAAAAUUGGAGUAUCAGUUUGUGAGUGCAGAAUGCCCAUCCAUGAACUUGGAUAGCAGUCUGCAGGUGAUCUCUUUGCAGGUGAACAACCUGGAUAUCAUCCUGAACCCAGAGACUAUUGUUGAACUGAUUGGGUUUCUCCAGAAAUCUUUCCCCAAGGAGAAAGAAGAUUCAAGUCCUCAGCCUUUAAUAGCUGACCUGGAGAGAGAUUGGAGGGAACAGGAAACAUUCCAGUCUACUUAUGCACAGAACACAGAGGUAGCAGUAGAUAUCCACUGGUUAAAUGUUCUCCUCCUCAGGACAGUUGCCAUGACAAAUGGAGAAAAAUAUGGCAGAAAAAUUGCAACAGCCAGUAUUGGUGGCACCAAGGUCAAUGUGUCCAUGUGCAGUAAACUGGAUGUGAAUGGCUCUCUAGGAUGCCUUCACCUGAUGGAUCUGAUUGAGGACAAUGUGAAGAACCAGUAUGUGGUGAGCAUAGGGAGCACAGGGAGGUCUGAAAAUCUCCUUGGUGAUGUGAAUUUCUUUGAAUCUUUGCUCUUUAGGCUUGAUGAUGGAAAUAACCUUCCAGAUGCUUUAAGUUUCACUUUCACAGAAAAGUCAAAAGAGGAGUGUUCUCUCAACCUCAAAAUGGCCUCCUUACACUACAACCACUCAGCCAAAUUUUUGAAAGAAUUGACUUUGACCAUGGAUGAGCUGGAAGAGAAUUUCCGCAGCAUGUUGAAAAGUGCAGCUUCAAAAGUUACAACAGUCUUGGCAACUAAAACUGCUGAAUACAGUGAAAUGGUUUCUUUGUUUGAUACCACACCACGAUCAAGAGAUGUUGGCAGUGCAGAAGAUAAUGAAGGUGGCACAUUUGGGUCACAGUCCCUCAAAGCUGAUACUAUCAAACUUAUAUUAAAUGUAAACAUUGAAUCCCCCAUUGUGUCCAUACCUCGAAAGCCUGGUAGCUCUGAACUGCUUGUAGGUCAUCUAGGACAAAUAUCUAUUCAGAAUUUUGUUCCAGGAGAAGAUGAGUCUACAAGUGAUAGGCUGCAAGUUGAAAUUAAAGAUAUCAAGAUGUAUUCAUUAAAUAGUAGCCAAUCUACAAACAAGAAGGAGCCUGCAGGUGGGAUACCCCGAGGGUCCCACUCCUCAUCAGGCCCUGCCAGCAUUAACAGCCAGGAAGAAUCUCGUUUUACUCGUCAUGACUUCUUUGAAUCAUUGCAUAAAGGUCAUGCUUUCCACAUUCUGAAUAACACCACGAUCCAGUUUAAAUUGGAAAAGAUACCACUAGAGAAAGAUUUGGAUUUAACUUUUCCUCUGUGUAACGAGGACUUGGGAAUAUCAAGCAUUAUGAAAAUUGAAGGGAAAUUUGUGAACCCUCUUCAGGUGGUGUUAGCAAAACAUGUAUAUGAACAAGUCCUUCAGACUCUGGAUAAUUUAAUUUACAGUGAAGACUUGAACAAAUUUUCAACCACUUCUGUAUCUCCAGCCAGUCUUAGUUCUCCUUCAGCAUCACUUCACAGUACAGGCUCAGAAUUCUCGAGUGAACGGAAGGAAAAUGGUUUAUUCAGCCACUCUAGUUUUAAUUCUGUUCCAAACAAGCCCUUAGCUAUCAGGGAAACAAAAUCCUUUACUCAAAUUCAAGCAAACUUUCACAUCUCAGAGCUCCAGGUUCAGUUAAGUGGUGAUCUCACACUUGGAGCACAAGGUCUUGUCAGCCUUAAGUUUCAGGAUUUUGAUGUUGAGUUUGCCAAAGACCACCCUCAAACCCUGUCCAUUCAGAUUGCCCUGCGUUCCCUGCUGAUGGAAGAUCUCUUGGAAAAGAAACCAGACUCUAAGUACAAGAACCUCAUGGUGUCCCAUGGAGCACCCAAACCCUCCAGUUUAGCCCAUAAGGAAUAUCUUUCCCAGUCCUGCCCCUCAAUGUCCAAUGCAGAAUAUCCAGACAUGCCACGUUCCCUCCCUUCCCAUAUGGAAGAAGCACCCAAUGUCUUUCAGCUGUACCAAAGACCAGUCUGUGCCUCCCGUAAGAAGCAAAAAGAAGAUGCUGAUUCUGAGUAUCCUCUGACUCCACCUCCUUCUCCAUCAGCAGACAGAUCCAAGUUGCCCUGUGGAAAAAGUAACUUUGAUGAUUCAUUAGUUCAUAUCAAUAUAUUUCUAGUGGAUAGGAAACAUCCUGAAUUUUCUUCUCGCUAUAACAAAAUUAACCGUAGCGUAGAUGUUGAUUUUAAUUGUCUAGAUGUGUUAAUUACUUUGCAAACUUGGGUAGUAAUAUUGGAUUUCUUUGGGAUUGGAUCCACUGCUGAUAACCAUGCUAUGAAGCCGCAGCCUGAAGAUACUCAGCAGACAAUCAAAGCAGAAAUAAAUUCCUUGUCAGCCUCUCAAGUCCAAGAGCCUGUAAACACUAAGCUGGAUCUAAAGGUCCAUUCUUUAUCCCUAGUCCUGAACAAGACAACCAGUGAGCUUGCUAAAGCCAGUGUGGCAAAGCUGGCAGCUCACUUGGAAGUGAUUGAGGGAGAUUUGGCCUUGCAGGGAAGCAUUGGAAGUCUGUCCUUGAGUGACCUCACAUCUCAUGGAGAAUUCUACAGAGAACGUUUCACUACAAGUGGUGAAGAGGCUCUCAUUUUUCAAAUCUUAAAGUAUGGGAGGCCAGACCCUCUGCUGCAGAGGGAGUGUGACAUCCGUGUCACCCUGAGGAUGGCCUCUGUCCAGUACGUGCACACCCAGCGCUUCCAGGCCGAGGUGGUUUCCUUCAUCCAGCAUUUCACUCAGCUCCAAGAUGUCUUGGGCAGGCAGAGAGCAGCAAUUGAAGGACAAACAGUGAGAGAUAAAGCCCAGAGAGCUUCCAGAGUUCUUCUUGAUAUUGAGGCUGGGGCUCCUGUUCUGCUUAUACCUGAGAGCUCCAAGUCCAACAGCCUGAUUGUAGCUAAUCUGGGGAAGCUGAAAGUGAAGAACAGAUUCCUGUUUGCAGGAAUGCCAGGGACCUUUUCAUUAAAGAACAAGGAUUCUGUUCAAUUUUCCUCUCCUAUGGGAACCCCAAAACACAGUGUGAAGAAAACAAGUGCUGAUGAGUCCAGAUCAGCAAUAGAAGGAUUGGUCAUGAAAAAACCAUCAGGAGCAAACAUUUCCAGGCUGAAGAACGAGCCUGCAGUGAGCACAGUGAAUAAGCAGCAGGGGCAGCCCCCAAAGCUGCCUGCUGUCCCAAACCCUGAGAGCCCAGAGGAUCACAUCUGCCUCUUAGACUGCAUUGUAGUUGAUCUGCAGGACAUGGACAUCUUUGCUGCUGAAAGAUACCAGAGAGAAUACUCCAAGGCUGUGGAAGAUAGCAGUGCAGAUUUGAGCUUUCCAUCCUACUUGGUGAGGCAGACAGGAGGGAGCCUGCUGACAGAACCCUUCAGACUGAAGUUAAAAGUAGAGAGGAAUUUAGACAAAGAGCUGAGUCAUGCAGUUGCAGACAUUUCAAUCCAUGGCAACCUGUCCUCAGUGCACUGCUCCCUGGAUCUGAACAAGUACAAACUGAUCCGGGGGCUGCUGGAGAACAACCUGGGCGAGCCCAUCGAGGAGUUCAUGCGCCCCUACGACCUGCAGGAUCCAAGAAUUCUUACAGUUUUGAGUGGGGAAGUGUACACUUCCAUGUCAUUCCUCAUUGACAUGGUUAAUGUGAGCCUGGAGCUGAUGGAUCCAAAGGGGAAAGAUGGAAGCAGCUCUUUAGCCAGGUUUGAUUUUAAGAAAUCCAAGUUGCUUUUUGAAAGCUCUUCAGAUGGAACCAAGUCUGUAAAUCUGGUCUCUCAUUCCAUGAUGGCCUUUGACACUCGUUAUGCUGGACAGAAAUAUGCCACAGGCCCCCCAAAUGUCUUCAAUUGCAUCUUCCAGUCAUCCAAGAACACCAGCAGCCCAGGAGCAAUCCAGAUUGAAUUGCAUUUCAGGUCUACUAAGGAUUCCUCCAGUUUCACAGUGGUUCUGAACAACCUUCGUGUGUUCCUGAUAUUUGACUGGCUGUUACUGGUCCAUGACUUUCUGUGCACUCCUGGGGACACCAGAAAGAGGGAGAAUCCCCAUUGCCGGCAGCGAUCGUGCAUCAGUGACACCAGUGUGCUCCCCAAAGCUGUCAAAAGGGGAGUGGUCACCAAACGUUCCUCACUCCCUGUGACAGCAGAAAAGCAGCUGGAAGUCAAGGUUAAUGUCACAGGAACUGAAUUUGUGGUUGUGGAAGACAUGUCCUGCUUUGAUACCAAUGCAAUUAUUCUAAAAGGAACAACUGUUCUCACUUACAAGCCCAAGCUGAUAGAUCGUCCUUUCUCUGGCAGUUUGUUUGGCAUUGAGGUGUUUUCAUGCCGGUUAGGAAAUGAGCAAGAGACUGCACUGUCAAUUAUUGAUCCAGUACAGAUUCAUAUGGAACUUAUUGGGAAUUCUUCCUAUCCAAUUGGUUCAGGACUGCUGGAUGCUUUCAAUAGUGAAGAUUUUCCUCCUAUUCUAGAGAUUCAGUUGCAAGCCCUGGAUAUCAGGCUGUCCUACAAUGAUGUUCAGCUCUUCCUGGCCAUUGCAAAGUCAAUUCCCCAGCAGACAAGUGCAGCCCUGCCUGACUCAGCUGCCUCAGCUGCUGAUUCCUCCAGCUCGGCCCUGGGCCAUGAGAACUCCCUGGCUCAUGAAACCAGAGAUGGCUCCAAACGUGUGCUGGAUCCUGUUCUUGAGGCCCAGCUGGCUCGCCUGCAGGAGCUGGGGUUCAGCAUGGAAGAUUGUCGGAAAGCUCUUCUCAUCUGCCAAGGUGACUUGAAGAAAGCAGCCAGUUGGUUGUUUAAGAAUGCUGAACCUCUGAAAUCAGUUUCCCAGACUUCUGCUCGAGAUAGCCAGGGGAUUUUGCCUUUCCAGUUCAUCUCUGGAGUGGAAAUAAAGGCAGAAAGUGUUUGCAUCUGCUUCAUAGAUGACUGCAUGGACUGUGACGUUCCCCUGGCUGAAUUAACCUUUUCAUGUUUGAAUUUUCUCCAGCAUUUGAGAACCAGCCCUGAAGGUUAUGCUCAUUUUACCCUCUCUGGCGAUUAUUACAACCGUGAGCUUUCAGGGUGGGAGCCGUUUAUUGAGCCCUGGCCGUGCUCAGUGUCCUGGCAGCAAGAGGCCUCGAGCCGCCUGCAGCCCUCGCGCCUGAAGCUGGAGGUGAAGGCCAAGCCACGCCUGGACAUCAACAUCACCUCUGUGCUCAUAGAGCAAUACAAAUGCACCAAGCAGUCGUGGAUGGAAGAUUACUGUAAACAGGACAAAGAAGUGAAUGUAAUCAGCUCAGAAGACUGGAUGGGUUCUUCAGUGGAUCCCCCAUGUUUUGGGCAGAGCCUUCCUCUUGUCUACCUUAGAACUAGGAGUACAGCCAGUCUGACUAACCUAGAGCACCAGAUCUAUGCUAGAGCUGAAAUGAAGACCCCGAAGCGCAGGCAGCCGUUUGUGCCCUUUGCUCUGAGGAAUCACACCGGCUGCACUCUCUGGUUUGCCACCCUCACCACAACCCCAACCAGGGCUGCGCUGUCUCAUAGUGGGAGUCCAGGUGUUGUUCCUGAGGAGAACGGGACGCUGCUGGGUGAUGCCCAUAAUGUCAGUGAAUGGCAGGAGGUUAUCACUGGGGAAGAGGUUCCGUUUGAGUUUGAAACCAGAGGGAAACUCAGACACAGGCACACACAUGACCUAAGGAUCCAUCAGCUGCAAGUGAGAGUUAAUGGCUGGGAAGAAGUGAGUCCAGUGUCUGUGGACAAAGUUGGAACAUUUUUCCGAUAUGCUGCACCAGAUAAGAAUUCCUCCUCUUCUACUCUUGGAAGCCCAAUAAGUAGAACAAAUAUAAUACAUCCACAAGUCUACUUUUCUUCAUUGCCUCCAGUUCGUGUGGUGUUUGAGGUGACCAUGGAGGGCAGCGCCCGGAAGGUGAUAACGGUGCGCUCGGCCUUGAUGCUGAGGAACAAACUGGAAAUCCCAAUGGAGCUCAGACUGGACAGUCCCUCUGCCCCUGACAAGCCUGUGGUGCUUCCAGCAGUGAUGCCAGGAGAUUCCUUUGCCAUCCCACUGCACCUCACAUCCUGGCGUUUGCAGGCCAGGCCCAAAGGAAUGGGAUUCUUCUUCUCCAAGGCUCCCAUUCACUGGACCAAUGUGCAGAAGGCAGCAGAGGUGUGCAGCAGCAAGAGGGAGUGUCAUUCCAUGGAGUCUGAGAACAGCAGAUUUUUCAGGUUCUGUGUGGCUAUAAAGAAAGAAAAUUACCCAGAUUACAUGCCUUCUAGCAUAUUCUCUGACAGUGCUAAGCAGAUUUUCAGGCAGCCUGGGCACACCAUUUAUCUGCUGCCAACAGUGGUGAUCUGCAAUCUGCUGCCCUGUGAGCUGGAGUUCUACGUGAAGGGUUUGCCCAUCAGUGGGACACUGAAACCUGAACACUCUUUUCUUCUGUUUUCAUUUAAAGGAUUGCCACUUAUCUUCAGACAAGAUAAUGCAAAAACAGAUGCAGCUGGUCAGUUUGAGGAGCAUGAGCUUGCUAGAAGCCUCAGCCCACUGCUCUUCUGCUAUGCUGAUAAAGAACAGCCAAACUUUUGUACAAUGCGGGUUGGAAAGGGAAUCCAUCCUGAUGGCAUGCCUGGCUGGUGCCAGGGCUUCUCCCUGGAUGGUGGCAGUGGUGUCAGAGCCCUCAAGGUGAUCCAGCAUGGGAACAGGCCAGGCCUCAUCUACAACAUUGGUAUUGAUGUUAAAAAAGGCAGAGGCCGUUACAUUGACACCUGCAUGGUCACCUUUGCUCCCCGGUACCUGCUGGACAAUAAAUCAAGCUACAAACUGGCCUUUGUCCAGCGGGAGUUUGCCAGAGGGCAGGGAGCAUCCAACCCUGAUGGCUACAUCUCCACCCUCCCUGGUUCCAGUGUUGUGUUCCACUGGCCACGGAACGAUUAUGAUCAGCUGUUGUGUGUGAGGCUGAUGGAAGUCCCAAACUGCAUUUGGUCUGGGGGCUUUGAGGUCAACAAGAACAAUUCGUUCCACAUUAACAUGAGGGACACCCUGGGAAAAUGUUACUUUUUAAGAGUAGAAAUCACCCUUCAGGGAGCCACGUACCGCGUUGCGUUCAGCGACACCGACCAGCUGCCGCCGCCUUUCCGCAUCGACAAUUUCUCCAAGGUCCCAGUUGUGUUCAAGCAGCACGGGGUGGUGGAGCCCAGGCUGUCCACGGAUGUGAAGCCCAUGACCUCCCUGGAUUAUGCCUGGGAUGAGCCCAUCCUGCCUCCCUACAUCACCCUGACAGUGAAAGGAGCAGGCUCCUCAGAAGUUAUGUGCUGCAUGAAUGACUUCCAAGACAGCAAACUGCUUUACUAUGAGAACUUCAUCUAUAUUGCUGCUACAUAUACUUUCUCAGGGUCACAGGAGCCAAGUGUAAGACCAGUUACUUCAAAUAAGGAUGCUGCAAAUGCAGAGCUUGUCCUCGAUGUUUCUCCAAAGACUCAACGAGUUUUGCUGAAAAAGAAGGAGCCAGGAAAGCGAUCCCAGCUCUGGAGGAUGACAGACUCAGGAAUGCUUUGCCAUGAAGGUUCUUCAGUUCCUCACAACCCCCACAAACCCUCCCCUCGCUCUGAGGACUCCAGUAUGAUUUUGGAUAUUGCAGGUCUAGCAGCUGUCACUAAUAACAGGUACGAGCCGCUGAUGCUGAGGCGGCCGGACCGGCGGCGCAGCACCACCCAGACGUGGAGCUUCCAGGAUGGGAAGCUGACCUGUGGCAUCCCUGGCCUUGUUGUCCAGGCAAAGGGUGGAAUGCAGGGUCUUCAUGAUGGAGCUGAAGUUGUUCUAGGUCCUGAAAAUUCACUUGAACUUUUGGGGCCAGUUCCACCUGAACAGCAGUUCACAAACCAGAAGAUGAGGCCUGGCUCAGGAGUGCUGGCUGUGAGAGUCAUCCCAGAUGGGCCAACCAGAGUUCUGCAGAUAACUGAUAACUGUAACCAACGUAGAAGUGAUCGUUCAUUCAGUGAAGGAGAACAGCUUCCAGUUUCUGACCAAGAUCUGCGCAAGUUGAAAAAUCCAGAUACAGAGCAGGAAUUGGAAGUGCUUGUGAAACUGGAAGGUGGAAUAGGAUUGUCUUUGGUCAACAAAGUCCCUGAAGAGCUCGUGUUUGCAAGCCUCACCAACAUUAAUGUCCACUACACUCAGCUCUCAACUGGUCAGGUGCUAGAGCUCAGUGUGCAAGAUAUACAGGUGGACAACCAACUUCUUGGCACCACACAGCCUUUUAUGCUCUUUCUGACACCCAGGAGGAUUGAGAAUGGGCCCCUGGACCCUGCUCCUGCUGUGCAAGUCAAUGCCAUGAAAUUUCCCAGUAAAAAUGCACUGACUGAUAUAUACAAGCAUCUGAUGAUCACUGCCCGAAAAUUCACAGUUCAAAUUGAGGAGAAGCUGCUUCUGAAGCUGUUGAGUUUCUUUGGCUACGGCCAGUCGGAAUCAGAGGUUGAAAAUUACGAUGAAAACCUCCAUGAGAAGGUUGUUGAACAAGGAGGAGCACAAAAACGAUACUACUUUGAAAAUCUGAAAAUCAGUGUGCCUCAAAUCAAGUUGAGUGUCUUCACUUCCAGCAAGCUCCCUUUGGACCUCAAGGCAUUGAAAAGCACCCUGGGCUUCCCUCUGAUCCGAUUUGAAGAUGCUGUGAUUAAUCUGGAUCCUUUCACUCGGGUCCAUCCCUAUGAAACCCAGGAGUUCAUCAUUAAUGACAUCCUGAAGCACUUCCAGGAGGAGCUUCUGAGUCAGGCAGCAAGCAUUCUAGGGUCUGUGGAUUUCCUUGGCAACCCUAUGGGCCUGCUGAAUGAUGUUUCAGAAGGUGUCACUGGACUUAUAAAGUAUGGCAAUGUGGGUGGCCUCAUCAGAAAUGUCACUCAUGGAGUAUCAAACUCUGCUGCAAAGUUUGCUGGGACUCUGUCAGAUGGUUUGGGGAAGAUGAUGGAUAACAGGCACCAGACAGAGCGGGAGUACAUCCGGUACCACGCUGCAACCAGUGGAGAGCACCUGGUAGCUGGAAUCCAUGGACUUGCACAUGGUAUCGUUGGAGGGUUGACAAGUGUGAUAACAUCGACAGUGGAAGGUGUGAAGACGGAAGGAGGGGUCAGUGGUUUCAUAUCUGGCCUGGGCAAGGGGCUGGUGGGCACUGUCACCAAACCCGUGGCCGGAGCGCUGGACUUCGCCUCGGAAACCGCGCAGGCGCUGAGGGACACCACGACCCUGAGCGGCCCCAGGACCAAGGCCGAGCGAGUGCGGAAGCCGCGGUGCUGCAGGGGACCCCAGGGGCUCCUGCCCCGCUACCUGGAGAGCCAAGCAGAGGGACAGGAGCAGCUCUUCAAGCUGACAGACAACAUCCAGGAUGAGUUCUUCAUCGCCGUGGAGAACAUUGACAGCUACUGCGUGCUCAUCUCCUCCAAGGCCGUGUACUUCCUGAAGAGUGGAGACUUCACAGACAGGGACUGCAUCUUCCUGGAGGUCAGGUACGAUGACCUGUACCACUGCCUGGUGUCCAAGGACCACGGCAACGUCUACAUCCAGCUCACCAAGAAGGCAGUGAGCACGAGCAGCGGGCUGGCCAUGCCCGGCCCCUCGCAGCAGCGGCCCAUGGUGAAAGUGAAAUCAGAAGCUCUGGCAGUAAAGGUGUCCCAAGAAAUCAACUAUGCAAAGAGCCUUUAUUAUGAGCAGCAGCUGAUGCUGAGACUUAGUGAAAAUCAAGAGCAUCUCGAGCUGGACUCUUGAAAAUCCAUUUCCUCACUGCCAGAAAGAGCUGCAAGUACCAGGCUGGAGCCAGGACUGUGUGACUAGAGAAGGAAAAAAUAUAAUUUUAGUAUUUAGAGAAAACAAAAGAGGUGGCUUUUCUUUUUUAAGCACUAGUUGUACACCAGAGGUGUAGCUGCCACAGCUUUGGGUCUGGGAGAAGCCCUGUAUUUUGCUAACAUGUAUAUAUGUACAAGUGUCAUGUAAAUACAACUGCAGAGGGUGUUGGUAUAAAUAUGAGUCUGUUUACUGUGUAAAGAAAUUAAAGGAGCUCUACUGAGUCAUACUGCACUACCUGACAGAAGCCCUUCUCUCUCUCUUUUUUUUUUCCUUGAGAAAAUUGAUUUUCACAGUACAGGAAUGUAGAUAAACCUUUAAAAAAUAAAAUCAAGAAUUAAUUUCA